AAGAACACUGAGAACUACAUUUCCCAUAAAGCCCUUCUUCUGCACGCAACCCAGCCUGUGACGUCGCUCCCAUGGCAACCGAAGAGCCUGCUUGCCCGGGCCCACCUCGGAGUUUGCGGUCUAAUUUCUAAGCUGGGCCCCACGCGGAGCUCGGACCCUGGGGCUGCAGAGCCACUAUGCCCAGUGAAACGCUCUGGGAAAUUGCAAAAGCUGAAGUGGAAAAACGGGAAAGUAACGGAAGUGAAGGUGAUGGAGCUGAAAUUGGAGAAAAAUCCGUUUUCUUCAUUGGCAGUAAAAAUGGGGGCAAGACUACUAUUAUUCUAAGAUCUCUUGACAGGGAUGAGCCACCAAAACCAACCUUAGCUUUGGAAUAUACAUAUGGAAGAAAAGCUAAAGGGCAUAACACACCAAAAGAUAUUGCUCACUUUUGGGAACUAGGUGGAGGAACCUCUUUAUUGGACUUAAUCAGCAUACCAAUCACAAGUGACGCCUUAAGGACAUUUUCUAUUGUUCUUGUUUUGGAUCUUUCAAAGCCUAAUGACCUUUGGCCCACCAUGGAAAAUCUGUUGCAAGCCACAAAAAGCCAUGUAGAUAAAGUGAUAAUGAAACUGGGAAAGACAAAUUCUACAGCAGCUUCUGAAAUGAGACAGAAGAUACGGAGUAACAUGCAGAAGGACCAUCCAGAUCGUGAAUUAAUUGACCCAUUUCCAAUACCUCUGGUCAUAAUUGGAAGUAAAUAUGAUAUUUUUCAGGAUUUUGACUCUGAGAAGAGAAAGGUAAUAUGCAAGACACUUCGAUUUGUUGCACAUUAUUAUGGAGCAUCAUUAAUGUUUACAAGUAAAUCAGAAGCUCUAUUACUAAAAAUACGUGGAGUUAUCAAUCAGUUAGCAUUUGGUAUUGGCAAAAGCAAAUCAAUAUGUGUGGAUCAGAAUAAACCACUGUUUAUCACAGCUGGCUUGGAUUCUUUAAGUAAUAUAGGGUCUCCUCCUGUUCCUGAUAAUGACAUUGGGAAGUUUCAUGCCCGUUCGCCAAUGGAGUUGUGGAAAAAAGUGUAUGAAAAGCUCUUUCCACCAAAGAGUAUCGACACACUAAAAGAUAUCAAGGACCCUGCAAAAGACCCCCAGUAUGCUGAAAGUGAAGUUGAUGAAAUGAGAAUUCAGAAGGAUCAGGAACUGGAACAGUACAAAAAAAGUUCUUCCAAGUCUUGGAAACAAAUUGAGCUGGAUUCUUGAACCUAACUCAGCUACAGUGUAUUUAUUUCCCAAAUACUGGUACAAGUAAGAUUAUUUUAUUGAUAUUAGCUCAUUAAUGAAUUCAUUCUUGUGUUAAUAAAUCCUAUAUAAUAAGAGUAUAAUCUACUAAGUGUCCAACUGAUUGGUUGACUGCUUGACCAGUUGCUAUGAAGCACACUGACCACCAGAGGGCAGAUGCUCCAACCGGUAGGUUAGCUUGUUACUAGGGCCCGGCCGAUGGUGACUGGGCAAGAGAGCCAGACACGCCCUGGAUCCCUCCUGUGGUCCCUCCCUAGCCAGCCAGCUCCCAUUGGCCCUGAUCGGGACUGGGUGAGAUGGUCCCAAUUACCUGAUUGCUGGCCAGGCUAAAGGACCCUACCCAUGCAUGAAUUCGUGCACCAGGUCUUUAGUAAUAUUAAUAAUAGCUAAUUAAUAAACUAGCUGUUGUGUAAUAAAUGAGGAAAGACAUGUAAUACUUUAAACAAUUUUUUUAAAAAGGAAGUUAAGAUGUAUAAUUUGCUAAAGGAAAAGUGCAUUUCUUGUAUUAGUGCCACCCCAGGAUAUUUAUCUUUGAAAAGGGGAAAAAAUUGUAUAACUAAUGUGUAGUAUUUUCUUAAAUAAAAAGAAUCUUCUAUUACCUA